AUGAGGAGGCAGUCACAUUAAUUUUGGCACACAGCCUAAAUCCUCUGUUGCACACUGAUACACGCAACCCUCCAUUUAGGCUCUGUCUGACUGGGUGUUGACUUAAUGACAGUGAGCCAUUUGACACUUACUUGCCUUUAGACGCAGUCAAUCCGUAUAAAUUAGCUGCUGGAUUUCUUCUUCAGUCACACCACGUUUACACUUUGCAACAGCUGUCAGAAUCCAGCUUUACAGACACCUCUGCCACUGCUCUUCAACAUGACAUCCUCCUGUGUGAAGAUGGUUCACACCCUCUAUGAGGAAGGAGGUGAAGGAAGUCCUUCUAACCCCGUGAAAUUUAAAGGCCAAGACUAUACACAGCUCAAGAAGUCUCUCCUCAGUAAAGGGAAGAAAUUUGAGGAUGAAACUUUCCCUGCAAACCUCGACUCUCUGGGAAAACUUGAGGACUUCACAUCAGACCAGCUCAGUGAGGUGGAGUGGCUUAGACCACAUGAGCUUAACCCUGAUGCAUCAUUUGUCAUGGAUGGUGCUUCAAGGUUUGACUUCAAACAAGGAGAUGUUGGCAAUUGCUGGUUUCUCUCAUCUAUUGGCGCGUUGACUUUUCGCAAGCCGUUGUUGGCACAAGUGGUACCCCCGAAUCAAAGCUUCAAGGACAACUAUGCUGGGAUAUUUCACUUCAGGUUUUGGAGAUUUGGAAAAUGGGUGGAUGUUGUCAUCGAUGACCUGUUGCCAACACGCAACAAGGUGCCUGUGUCAGUUUCCUCCAGAUCUGAAAAAGAGUUCUGGGCCCCCCUCCUGGAGAAAGCCUAUGCUAAGAUUUGUGGAUCAUAUGGCGACAUGAUCGCUGGGAACCCACCUGAAGCAUUCAAGGACUUCAGUGGAGGUGUGCACAUGCACUACAAGCUGUCCAAAAGCCCACCUGAUCUGUGGGACAUCAUGAACAGAGCAACCCAGUGCAACACUAUGAUGGGAUGUGGGAGUUUUUCAGAGGAGAAAGGGAGAGAAAUUUUUGACAAGUUUGGUCUGGUGGAUGGUCAUGCCUUUGCUGUCACAGGAGUCAAGCGGGUAGACAGUGAUGGGAACUCUGUGAAUCUGGUGAGGAUCUGGAACCCGUGGGGUGAGAAAGAGUGGAAUGGAGACUGGAGUGACAAGUCAAAACUGUGGGAUACUGUAAGCGAUGAGGACCGUGAGCAGUGUCUGAGGAUGCGUAAUGAUGGAGAAUUCUGGAUGAACAUGCGAGACUUUUGUGUCUAUUUUGAAGAGCUUGACAUCUGCUGCGACAGCCCCAAUUUUGUAAAUGGUGAUGAUUCCCAGUGGCAUUGUUCACUGAAAGAAGGUCGCUGGGAAGCUGGACAAUCUGCUGGGGGGUGCGAUGCUGAAACAGAGGAGUUCUGGACAAAUCCACAGUACCGUCUCAAAGUGAAGGGAGAGGAGGAGAACAAUGGAAACAAGAACAUCUUACUGUCUCUGCUGCAGAAGCCUCAUGAAGAACAUCGCAGCAAAGCUGAAUAUCACUUCAUUGGGUUCAGCAUCUUUGAGGUCCCACCAGAGGCACCCAAAGGGCGACUUACGUCUUGGCUCUUCCAGGAUUAUGGACCUCUAAAAGUCAGUGAGUUCACCGACUCGAGAGAACUGAUCGAGCUUCACGGUCUGGAACCAGGAGAGUACUUGAUCGUUCCCUGCACGUAUGACCCCAACAAGACUGCAAGCUUCAUCAUCACAAUGUACUCCAAGGUCGGGGACGAGUUGGAAUGAAGACACCUGAAUGACAACAGAAGACAGAUAAUUCUUGUCAGGGCUCUGGGGCAAUUUAUAAUGUCAUCAUUAAAAAUAAUGUGUAACUCUUUGGUCAACUUCUUGAACCAUUUUAACAAACAAUUUAACUGCAUUUACAAAUGACAAAUAAACAACUAAUUGAUG